UGCGCUGCGGCUUUGGAGGCCGUGGAGCACAUCAUUAGCUCCCAGCGGAGCCAGAGGGUUUAUACUUUAGUAUAUUUAGCAGAAGCCAACAGGUCCAUUUUUGUAAUUCUGUAUUUAUAGCACAAUCUGUCACUUGUGGAAAAUUUCAUUCUCAUUUUAGUAUUUCACUCCAAAGUCUGGCCAAUAUGUGCUUCUAUAUUUGCGAAUUUACCUCAUACGGUUGUUAUUUAAUGCCACUUUGUGUCUCUUACCUGCUUAGAAAUGAGCACCAUUGCCAGUGGUGUGCUCUCUGUUGCAUAAUUACCAUUCAACAGGAUAGACUUGCAUGUGCACUGAGUAAAAAAAAAAAAAAGAAUUAGCUGAAGGAACUUUUGUCUCUCAAGUUAAUUAAGGUCACAAUCUCUGCGACGCCUUAAUUUGAUUGGCUGCUUUUGCGUUUGUGAACCAGGUCAGGGACCACUGAGUGUGUCACGGUUCAGGGUAGAGGGUUACACAGCCGCACUCGAUAGUACAACUUGAGACACUGGAGAUAGCAGGCGGGAGAAGAGACGAAGGAAUUGGAGCUCUUUCGAAACCUGCGGAGGAUUAUUUGAUCCAAAGGUGUUUUCGCAAUGUCGAUAGACUUGAAUAUAUUGGACACAGUGGUCCUCAGCAUGCCGUCGUCCAACCAGGGCUGGCCUGAGGAGUUCGGCUUCCAGCUGGGCGGCAAUGGACCCAGUUACAUCGUGUCUGUGGAGGAGGGCAGCAGUGCCCACCUGGCGGGGCUGCAGGCGGGGGACCAGGUCCUGGAGAUCGAGGGCCACAAUGUGUCGACGCUGGGUCCCCAGUCGCUUGUCGCCAUCGCCCAGACUCAGAAGAACAUCCCCCCCAGUAUCGGAGUGGUGUCCCGCAUACAGCAGAUGGACAUCAUACCAGGUCCGGAUGGUCGUUUUGGGUUCACCAUCGUGGGAGACUGCCCCCUGCUGGUGGAGGACUGCUCGCCUUGCUCUCCAGCCGGCCGCGCAGGCCUGAGGGCCGGCGAUUACGUCAUGGAGGUCAACGGGAUCCCCGUCCGGCAGCACGAGACGGCCGCGGCGCUGAUCAAGGCCUCCCAGGGGAGGACGCUCCGCCUGGGGGUGCUGUGUCUCGGUCCGAGGCAGAAACACAGCAUCAGCAUCGAUGACAGUCAGAUGGGAGGAGAGGGAGCGAGACUGGACCGUAAACAUAAAGCUCUGGAGUUCAAUAGGAGGGUUGACCAGAUUUUAGGUGACGAACCUGAAGUGAAAGAGAAACUCUUCACCGCGCUGAAGCAUUACGCGGCCGAGAAGAGAGUUGAGUGGUUGGCCUCGGUCCUGCCCGACAUACUUGCCACCGAUGAGCAUCGGCAGCUCAUCUCCAGCAUCAGAAUCUUCAUUCCCAAGAAGCACCGGCAGCGCUUUGACGAGGCCGUGUCCCAGAACGUGAUCAACCGACUCUGCCGCAGCAAGAGCAUCAGUGAGCCGCAGGGCAGGAUCCGGCGCAGUCGGAGCGAGGAUCACUCCGACCGCCGCCACGGGUCCAAGCGGGCCAGCUCGGUGCCCAGAGAUGGAGAACCCGGGGGGAGGGGGGAGGCGGAGAGAGACAGGGGCUUUAGAAAGUCUGUCUCCGGGAUACCCGCACAUCCCCCCAUCGGACCCAAUCAGAGGGUCAUCCGUGUCUACCGGGGGAAGAAGAACUUCGGCUUCACGCUCCGAGGUCACGCCCCCGUCUGCAUCGACGCCGUUAUCUCAGAUAGUCCUGCUGAGGAAUGUGGACUGAAAACAGGCGACCGUAUCCUCUUCCUCAAUGGACUGGACAUGAGGAACUGUUCCCAUGAGAAGGUGGUGUCCAUGCUGCAGGGCAGCGGGGCGAUGCCCACCCUGGUGGUGGAGAAGGGUUCGUCUGAGUACUCCUCAGACCAAACCGACCCAGAGGAGUCUCCAAACCUGGCCCCCGCGACGCUACCGCGCUCCAGGUCUCCAGCCCUCAGUUCUCUGCAGUGGGUGGCAGAGAUUCUUCCGCCGAGCAUCAAAGUCCACGGGCGGACCUUCAGCCAGCAGCUGGAGCACCUGCUGACCAUCCAGGAGAGGUACACGGUCUGCAAGUCCCUGGAGACCUUCUUCCAGCACAGGAAUGUGGACACUCUGAUCGUAGACGUGUUUCCGGUGUUGGACACUCCGGCCAAACAGCUGAUCUGGCAGUUCAUCUACCAGCUGCUGACGUACGACGAACAGGAGCGCUGCCAGGGCAAGCUGUCACGCUUCCUGGGUUGCAAGAGCGGCGCAGCGUUGGAGCCUGACAUAGGCCCGGAGCACCACCGGCGGAGCAGCUCCAUGCGCGUGACGGGCACGUCGUACCGCGGCAUCGUUCGGGAGAGGAGCUCCGACGACUGCAUCAUCGGGACUCACCUGGGAAUGGGAAUUCAUGUGGAUGAAUCUGGGAGCCCGGAGGAGAGGCAGUCAGGAGACGGAACCUCCUUCCCCGAGUCCCCUGACCUCAGUCAUAUGACAGGCGUGUACACGGAGCUGGAGAACGUGUACGCGGGGAAGAGUGCGUCGCCACUGCAGGGCGGCUCCUCAGCAGAGCCAGAGGGCCCGGGACAUACUGAGGCCUACGGGCGCUCUCUCUCCCCCCUCACUCUCCCCCCUCUCACAGGUUGUCGUAAAUCCGGCCUGUCGCUGUCCUGGAAGGAGCCUCUCCCCACUCCCGUGUACCAGAUCCACCACCAGAACAGCGUGGACUCCAACCCUUACGUCAGCCUGGAAAGCCCCCCCGCUUCCCCUCAGCACUCCGACAGCGGUCCCAACACGCUGACCCGCCGCAAGAAGCUGUUCACCUUUUCCCGGCCGCCUCGCAGCCGGGACACGGACAAGUUCCUGGACGCUCUGAGCGAGCAGCUGGGCCACCGGGUCACUCUGGUGGAUGAUUUCGUACCCGGGGAGAACGACUACGAGGAGAUAUAUCAAGGUGGUUGUCAUGGUUUCAGAAGAAGAGGGGUGCCUAUGAGUUUCCAGGAGGACCAGGACUCGGGCUUCAUGCCUCGCCACCUCAGCAGUGGCAGCAGCGAGGACCAGAGCAGCAGUGACGAGGCCUCCUCUCCCUCCUACUCCUCGGGGUCUGAACCCAUCCCGCCACCUCCCACCCAGAGCCCCCCUCCUCCCCCGCCUUUCCAAGCUCUGAUACCGCCCCCUGUUCAAUUCACUGACCCACUACCGCCGGUCCGCUUCUCCCCCGAGCACGUCCCCCGCAGCCGCAUGCCCUUCCAGCCGCAACACCCCAUCAUCCCUCCACCCCCGCCCCCUCCGAGGACCAUUCUGUCCAGCCGCUGUCCUCCAAACAAAGUGCUCCCUACCAGAGAAGAGGCAGAGAAAGCUCACCAGCGCUUUCAGACCACCAACACAACGACCCGCCUCUCGCACAGCCACUCCACCCUGGGUACCACCACCCUGCGCUCCUCCCAGCCGUCUCGCCCCUGCUACCUCCCCCGGCAGCUCAGCCAGCCCCAGCCUAUCCUGCAGCCCAUCUUCCAGCCCUCCCCUCAGCCCUCCCCUCAGCCGCUGAGACCGAGCCAUCUUGUCCUCCAGAGACACCACCAGCUCCACCACCAACACAGCUACCAGGGCCCGCUGCCGCCGUCCCUCGAAGAGCAGGGCUCGUCCCAGUGUCCGAGCCAAGGCCCCGCGGGCUCCUCGCUGCUCUCGAAGCAUCCGGCCUCUCACUCCACCCUCCCUCACUCCACCCUCCCCAGUCACACCAAAAGCUAUGAAACCCCACGACAGGAACACCAGUCACAACAGGCACCGCCACCCCCGCCUCCACCCCUUCCUCCACCCUGUGAGCCGCCUCCGCUGCCCAAGCCGGGCCACCACGCCUCGGACACCAACCACAUGAGUGUGAAGAGGCUGCGCUGGGAGCAGGUGGAGAACUCUGAGGGAACGAUAUGGGGUCAGCUCGGAGAGGACUCGGACUAUGACAAGCUCACUGACAUGGUGAAGUUCUUGGACCUCGAUCUGCACUUCGGGACUCAACGGCGAUCCAUCUCUCCUCCAGAGCCAGCCUUCUUGCCAGAGAACUUUAAAAAGAAAGACGUGGUGGAGAUUCUGUCUCAUAAGAAAGCCUACAACGCCUCCAUCCUCAUCGCCCACCUGAAGCUCUCUGCCAGCGAGCUGCGUCAGGUCCUGAUGGACAUGACCACCGACAGGCUGGAGCCCGCCCACAUCAAGCAGCUGCUGCUCUACGCCCCGGACAACGAAGAGGUCAAACAGUACGAGCAGUUUGAACAGGACCCGGCCAAACUGAGUGAGCCCGACCAGUUCAUUUUCCAGAUGCUGAUGGUGCCCGAGUAUAAAACCCGUCUGCGAAGCCUCCACUUCAAGACCACCCUGCAGGAGAGGAUGGAGGAGAUGAAGGUUGCGUACGAUUACAUCUACAAGGCUUCAGUGGAGCUAAAGAGCAGCAAGAAACUGGCCAAAAUCCUGGAGUUUGUACUUGCAAUGGGAAAUUACCUCAACAACGGCCAGCCCAAAAGCCACAAGACAACCAGUUUCAAGAUCAACUUCCUAACCGAGCUAAGCACAACCAAAACAGUAGACGGGAAAUCCACCUUCCUCCACAUUCUGGCCAAGUCUCUGUGCCAACACUUCCCAGAGCUGCUCAACUUUUCCAGAGACCUCACAACAGUGCCUCUGGCAGCCAAGGUGAACCAGAGGGCCAUCACAGCAGAGCUGAGUGACCUUAACUCCACCAUCCUGGACAUCAGGAAGGCCUGUCUGAUGAUCCCACCCACCUCCGAGGACCACUUUGCCUCCGUCAUGAGCAGCUUUAUGGAGAACAGCCACCCUGCCAUCCAGUCUCUGGAGUCUCUGCAGACCCAAGCGAUGGAGGAGUUCUCCAAGGUGGCCUCCUUCUUCGGGGAGGACAGCAAGUCCGCCAACACAGAGUCCUUCUUCGCCAUCUUCGCAGAGUUCAUUAGCAAGUUUGAGAGAGCCCUCACUGAAACCCAGACUCCAGAAUACCCCAGAAGUCCCCGACUGUCUUCCCCUCUGGCCUGGUAAAGGCAAGGAAUGCGGGCAGACGUCUGGCCAAAUCGACAGGCCGGUCGGCUCUGUUUUCACUCUGCUUUCCACAACCAAAGUGCCAAGAUCACGCACAGAGACACUCAACCCAACGGGAACAGAGACCACGUCUGCUUCAGCAAACAGAAUGAAGAUGCGCUGUAUUUAUCUGUAGAUAGUCACAACAGCUAACGAGUGCUCCGUGUGCUAUAUUACUGUUAUUUCAGGUGUUGGGUAGAGCAGGAACAUUCAGGUGUCCACAGGAACUCAUCGCACACUGAUGACUCAAACCAGUCUUUACAUUAUUUACAUCUUUAAUACAAACAUGACAUAGUAGUAGAUAGUAAAAGUUACAUGAGGGAAACCAUACACGCACAUUUUGAUUGCUCCAGUGCAUCUUGAUGCUGCAUUACAAUGAGAUGUAAGUAAUAAAAACAACUGGUCUGGAUAUUUAGAUUACUUUAAUACAUGACUAUAUAAAGUUUAUAUUUUCUAUCAGAUCAUAUUUGAAAAUUGUAAAGAUUAAGCGUAGAUGUAGACUGACGACAGUUCUCUAGAGGCAAGGCAGGUGUGGUUUAGUUAGCGUGUACAGAGCCAGAUGUUUCCUCCAGCGGUGCUCUCACUGCUUCCCAUACAGCAUGAUUUGAUUUAGAGAUGAUAGACAUCGGAGUGUUUUCUAACAUCAUGUAUCCACAUUAAGUAACUGGCAACCCUGCACAACUAAAUGUCCAUCAGUAUUUUUUAAUCCUCUAAUAAAUUCAAAUAGAUGGUUUUAUUUCAAUAAUAAUUCCUCCUUCGUCAUCGGCCAUUCAGCAUCAGCGGUGUGAUUUUUGCCUGCGUGGACUCGAAAUUCAUUCCGUAAGGUAUUCAUUUGCCAAACAUUAUUCACAACACCUUCCACAGCGAGGCAACACUCACUGCAUCAGCACAUGGUGAACGCGUCCGUUUCAUAGAGCGCGUCUUGUUUUCGUCAGCACAGAAAGAUGAGAGGCAGCUUUAUUGUGAUUGGGCUGAGCUGUGUGCUUCUGGCACUUUGUCAAGUAUCUCUUGAUUGUUUGUGAACACAGCCUGGGUUCAACAAGUGGGUGGCUGAAUGAAUGAAUGAAUGUCAAAUGCGCAUGUGGGAAAGAAACAAAAAAAAACCUGUACUACCUGUAAAUGGUCAUUUUCUGCUUUUCUGGUUUCUCUUGACUCAUCUAACGAACAGAAUACCCGUAGCUGUGUUGUAAUUAUGUUGAUGAACUAUUGAGUGUAAAUGUACAGUUUUUGCUAUGCACAGCUCAUCACUUUCCAUUUGGUAUUGUAUGCUUGUGUGUCUUUAGUUCAUUUUCUUAUUCAAGUGUCAUUUUAUUUAUUCUUUAUGCGCAGCUUUAGUCAGGGUCACGAGGCGACUGAUCUCGUGAACAUGCAAUCCUAGCUGCUACUAGUGUGGUAACGGUGUGUCUUGUCCCAAUCAAUUGCAUGUUGGUGCAGUUAAUGUAUUAAGAUGUGCAGCUGGUAGUUUCCCCUCCCUGGAUAUUUAGGUUUAAAGUAAACACAGUUGGUCUCAUUAGGUUUAUUUAUUGGUUGCCUACAGGCUCCCUUUUAUAACCGUUUUAUAUGUUUUCAUCACCUUUACGUUUUGUUCAAUGCUUUCAAAUGAAGGACAUGUUUUUGAUCUAUAAAACUUAUAUCAUGCCUGAAAGUAAAAACUGCUGUUAUUGUUUGUACACAAACAUAUAAAACAUCAGUAGAUUUAAAUAGUUUCUUCAUGUACUUUAUUUUCUUUGGAAAGGUGUAUAACCAAGCAUACAUAUUACAUGUUUUUAUUCCAUAUUUAAGCUCACCAGACGGCAUACAUACAAAACUAUGGAGCUUAAAAUGCAGCAUUACCAAUUCUAGUUUAAUGGCAUUUGUUCAUCUUGCAGAGCUUUGAGAUGCCAAGCUCCCUUUAAUACACGGGGAUAAGGCAGCGAGGUACAGGAGCGGGGGGGGGGGGGUUAUAACGCUCGAUCGUCUCUGAAGAAACAAAUUAAAACUCGUUUUCAGGGCGACUGCAGCAUCCAAGACUUUCUUCAUCGGUACCAUAUUGGGUCAGUUCUCUGGGAACAACACUCACUCGCAUUACAUCCGAGGCCAAAAAAGCAAAAACUUGCACAGAAAAUACAA